UUCGCGACCUUCACGCCUAAUACAGAAAGUUGUGCCUUUCUUCCCUUCCGGAGCUUUCUUUCAGGGGGUUUUGUUCAUUCUAAUAAAAACUCCCUUCUUCUUCCCCCUGCAUUCCCUUCCUUCCCAUUCAUUAUUGCUUCGUCAUUUUCCACUUUCUCAUCCUCCUUUCCUCCAUCCAUUAUUUAGCUUUCUGGGUUCAGCAGCAACUCCUUAGAGGUAAAUCAUUUGAUAUAAUUUCCUCUAAUUAAUGGGUUGCUGAGGCUGCUGCUGCUACGAUACUAGUUUGAAGUAUGUUGUGCUGCGGAGGUACAGAGGAAGAGAGCAGCGGCCCAACUGCAAACCAAAACCCUGCACCACUCAGAGGUGGUAAUGCGUAUGGAGAAGGGGGUGACAGAGGAGAGCCAAAAAGCAAUGUUGUGAAGGCUGGCGCUCCCCAAAAAGUAUUGCCAAUUGAGACCCCUGCAAUACCAUUGGAGGAGUUAAAUAGGUUAACGGGCAACUUUGGCUCGAGCGCUUUGAUUGGAGAAGGUUCGUACGGACGAGUCUUUUAUGCCAAGUUAAGCGAUGGUCAGGAUGCAGCGAUCAAGAAGCUGGAUACCAGUGGUUCUUCUACACCAGAAGAAGAUGCCGAUUUUGCCGCUCAGCUAUCUGUCGUUUCAAGACUGAAGCACGAUCACUUUGUGGCGUUGAUUGGGUAUUGUUUGGAGUCAAGUAACAGAAUUUUGGUUUAUCAACAUGCAAGUUUGGGUUCUUUGCACGAUGUAUUACAUGGAAGAAAAGGUGUACAAGGGGCCGAACCAGGUCCAGUUCUGAGCUGGAACCAAAGAGCAAAGAUCGCAUUUGGGGCAGCAAAAGGCCUCGAGUUUCUUCAUGAAAAGGUUCAACCUUCCAUAGUCCACCGUGAUAUUAGGUCCAGCAAUGUCUUACUGUUCGGUGACUAUGAUGCCAAGAUUGCGGAUUUCAGCUUGACCAGCCAGGGUUCUGACACAGCAGCUCGCCUGCAUUCAACUAGAGUCUUGGGAACAUUUGGCUAUCAUGCUCCAGAGUAUGCCAUGACAGGGCAGAUAACCCAAAAAAGCGACGUUUACAGUUUCGGAGUAGUUCUCUUAGAACUCUUGACAGGAAGAAAACCAGUAGACCACACAAUGCCCAAAGGCCAACAAAGUCUUGUGACUUGGGCAACUCCAAGGCUGAGCGAGGACAAAGUGAAACAGUGUGUGGAUCCCAAACUCAACAAUGAGUACCCGCCAAAGGCAAUUGCUAAGCUGGCGGCGGUGGCAGCAUUGUGUGUUCAGUAUGAGGCUGACUUCCGGCCCAACAUGACCAUUGUGGUGAAAGCUUUGCAGCCACUUCUGAAUGCAAAACCAGCUGGCCCAGAACCAAGCGCUUAAAACACUAAUCUGAGUCACCAUGAUCAUGUUCUGUUUCUGAUCCUAUUUCGUUGUUUUAGAUUUUUAUCAGCAAAGCAUCAUGAUGUUCACUCUGCUUCACCUCCUCUUUUGUUGGGAUGGGAACAUAUGUAUAUAUUGUGUGCAUGAUGUAUGGACCAGACCUGUAAUUUUGGCCUGUUACAAGUUUUAUUUGGA